UAUCCAGAAAAAAAAUAAAGAAAAAAGAUAAAUAACAAGGCGGUUUUCCUUCAAAACCAAAACCCCACCUCUCUCCUACGGCACAAUCGCAUACCCACCGUCUCACCGUCAAUGGCCAGCGCUGUGGUUCUCCACCCGAAACCUUCCGCAAAGGACCCGCCGCCUAGCCGUUGGAAGCCCGACUCUGACCCCUCCUCCUCCGCCGCAGACCUGGACGAGGACCUCUACUCUCGUCUCAAGUCGCUGCAGCGGCAGCUUGAAUUCAUCGAAAUACAAGAGGAAUACGUUAAGGACGAGCUGAAGAACCUCCGCCGCGAGCUGCUUCGGGCGCAGGAGGAGGUGAAGAGGAUUCAGUCGGUGCCACUCGUCAUCGGCCAGUUCAUGGAGAUGAUCGAUCAGAACAACGCGAUAGUUGGGUCGACUACCGGCUCGAAUUACUACGUUCGGAUCCUCAGCACUAUAAACCGCGAGCUCCUUAAGCCCUCUGCCUCCGUCGCGCUGCACCGACAUUCCAAUGCCCUGGUCGACGUGCUUCCGCCCGAGGCCGACUCCAGCAUUUCGCUCCUCAGCCAGUCCGAGAAGCCUGACGUUACCUACAAUGAUAUUGGUGGAUAUGACACUCAAAAGCAAGAAAUACGUGAAGCUGUGGAGUUACCUUUAACUCACCAUGAGUUGUACCAGCAGAUUGGCAUUGAUCCGCCUCGUGGUGUGUUGCUCUAUGGUCCGCCCGGCACUGGGAAAACCAUGCUUGCAAAGGCUGUUGCUCAUCACACCACUGCAGCCUUCAUCAGAGUUGUAGGCUCUGAAUUUGUUCAGAAGUAUCUGGGUGAGGGUCCGCGAAUGGUUCGUGAUGUUUUUCGUCUUGCUAAAGAAAAUGCACCUGCAAUAAUUUUCAUUGAUGAAGUAGAUGCAAUUGCUACUGCAAGGUUUGACGCUCAAACAGGAGCUGAUAGAGAGGUCCAGAGAAUUCUCAUGGAGUUGUUGAAUCAGAUGGAUGGAUUUGACCAAACAGUUAAUGUCAAGGUUAUCAUGGCAACAAAUCGGGCCGACACAUUGGAUCCUGCACUUCUUCGUCCAGGAAGACUUGAUCGUAAAAUUGAGUUCCCUUUGCCAGAUAGACGACAAAAGAGGCUUGUCUUUCAGGUUUGCACUGCCAAAAUGAACUUAAGUGAUGAGGUGGACUUGGAGGACUAUGUAUCCCGCCCUGAUAAAAUCAGUGCUGCUGAGAUUGCGGCUAUAUGCCAAGAAGCAGGCAUGCUUGCAGUGAGGAAGAAUCGGUAUGUAAUACUCCCCAAAGAUUUCGAGAAGGGUUACAGAUCUAAUGUAAAGAAGCCUGACACUGACUUUGAAUUCUACAAGUGACAUGUAGAAGUUGUUAAGGUAAUAUUUUACAUACAUGCACCGUCAACCCCUUCUCUUGCUGUAUUAUACCCCAAAAUGGAAAUAGACAUAAUUAGCUGUUGAAGUCUUUGUCAAUAUAGUGAGGUGUUUGUUCUGAAGUGUAUGGUAGUUGCUUACAUGAAUUCGGUCGAUCUAUGGGAAUGUGGCGUUAUUGCUUUGCAUAUGAUCAAUUGUCGCUUGUAUCAUGUCUCCUGUUGAUCUAUGCAUUCAAAUUACAUGUUUUUGAUAUAUUUA